AUGGCUCCUAUCCGUAAGCCUAGAUGCAAUUUCAAGGAGUGCAAGGAAGCUGCUCAACGAAUUGUCGGUGACUGCAGCUUUUGCCACGGCCACUUCUGCUCCAAGCACCGUAUGCUGGAAGCCCAUACCUGCAGCGGACUAGAAGACUGCAAGAAGGAAUCUCACGCUCGAAAUGCCGAUAAGCUGAACAGCGAGCGGACAGUUGUCAAGGGUGUAUGA